AUGAGCAAUCCCGUGCGGAGCAAGGGAGGCUGCUGGACCUGCCGCUUACGCCGCAAGAAGUGCGACGAGGGCAAGCCAGAAUGCACCACUUGUCAAGCGCUGUCCAUCACCUGCUACGGCUACGGGCCGAAGCCGGAAUGGAUGGACAAUGGCGACGCCGAAAAGGAUGUGGCCAACAGCCUCAAGCACAUUGUCAGAUACACAUCGAGGCGCACCUCCUCCCGGUACCGUGUCCCUCCCGGUCAAAAGGCAAACCCCAAAUUGGCACCCAAGGUCCAUGCGGCUGCCUCUACACCCAGUACCAACACGAGCCACUCUACCGAAACUACCCCUCCGUCUGAUAAUGGCUUCUAUGACACAGCCGAGUCACCGCUGUCGCCAAAUGGCGCCCAGCACCUGACCAUAGCAACUAUUCCUGCCGAGGAUUCCAUCCUUUUGAUGCACUUCCUCGACAAGGUAUUCCCAUUGCAGUAUCCCAUGUACCGCCCAGACAUACUAGAGGGAGGCAGAGGCUGGUUAUUGGCACUCCUACUCCAAACAAAAUCUCUAUAUCACGCGGCUCUAGCGCUCAGCUCGUACCACCGCCGGAUGCUCGUGUUUGAGAGGAUAAGCGAGCAAUGCCGUGCCACUGCCGCGGUCCAGCAAGAGAAACACCUCGAGACGUGUCUGAACGAGGUCCGGCAGGCCAUGGUGAUUCUUGAUCAACGUACUCGACAACGAAAGUCUUAUGAUGGAAUGGGAACUGUGACUUCCAUUGUACAGCUGGUCUUCUUCGAGCUCUUCGCCGGUCAAGACCACGCGUGGAGAACACAUCUGAAUGCAGCCAUUGAUGUGUAUGACCAAAAUUGUCGGGAUAAACUAGAACACCUUGACUUGUCGGAAGCUUCCAAGACGAUUUUACGUAAUGAUCAACGACUUGCAGUUGAUGGCGCUUUGGUGACUCAAGAAGUUACAACAUUUCGGUUCAUGGGCGGUUCCAUCAUAUGGCUCGACAUUUUGUCAUCUCUUGCAGCCGGAUCGGUGCCGAGGUUGUUGUCUUAUCAUCAAGGCGUACUCGAUGCCGCCUCUCAAGUAAAACUUGAAAAUAUCAUGGGCUGCAAAAAUUGGUUGAUGUGCCAGAUUGGUCGCAUUGCCGCGCUGCAGGGACAUCGCCGACAAGAUGGGUGGACCAGUCAACGUCACGGUAUAAAACUCCAUUCUAUCGCUGCAGAUAUCAAAUCUGAAAUCGAAAGCGGUAUGGCGAGAGAAGCAUUGGAAAGUCUCAAUAUUCAAACAAGCGAUUCCUGUGGAAUCAAUAAUUCAUCAACCAAUUCUGUUACUCUUACCACGAGGAUGUUUGCAUUCAUGGCUAUCAUCCAUCUCCAUUUGGUCACACACGACUUUGAACGGCUAGACAACUUGAGGGAGACUAUUGCGGAUGCUAUCCGGCUCUUGCAAUCGCAAGUGCCCUGCAGUAUGAUUCCAGUCAUUGUCGCACCACUCUUCAUCAUCGGAUGCGUUGCUGCUCAAGGCGACGAACAGAGCUUAUUCCGGGCCUCGCUAGCCUCUGAUACAUCGCAACAUCGUCUGUAUAGGCACCGUAAAGAUGUUCUUUCAGCUCUGGAAGAGAUAUGGAGUAAAAGACAGACGUCUACCGACUAUACCUGGAAUGAUGUCCUCGAUAUGGGCCAGCACAAAUACCUAUUAUUUCUGUGA